AUGCCUUCCUUGAUGGAUCUCCCUAAGGAGAUCCGUGCCAUGAUCCUCAAAGAGGUAAUCAAUGGCCAUCGCACCCCACCCAUAUCUCCAUCCAAAUCGAACAUGAUAGAACUUCUGGACAUGCCGUACAAAGGGAAUGUGGAGCAUUCCAGGCUACACCACGAGAAGCGGGAUACGCAUAGCCAAUCGAACAGCCUCUCUCUUCUCCUGACAAGUCGUCAAAUCUCAAUUGAAACCCAAUCGACCCUAUGUCGAAUGCAGAAAACCACCUACGUCCUUGACAUAUCAGUUCUCAAUGAGCUGGAUCUGUUUUCGACUUGGAUCUCAGUCCCACAGCUUACAACCCGUCUAUCUACGCUCCACGUAGAUAUACGCCUUUUUGGGCGCAUAAUCACCAGCGCAGAGGGCCGAGAUCAAAUGGGCUGUGGUGGUCGCUUGGGGUUCCAUUGGCUAUUUUACGGCCUGUUGGAACGGUUUUUACGGUAUGGACCAGUGGGCGCGAAGAAAGGCCCCUGCGACAUUGACUCAUUCGGAGACACCUGCUAUAAGAACCGUAAGAUCUCUGUUGAGAAUCUCAUCCUCGACUUUCACUCCGCCGAGACGGAGCUACCAUAUCCCCCCGAUGACCUGGGAUUCAAGGAGUGGACGAAUAAACAUUGGGGUGAACGCUGGCCGAUCGAUGAACCGGAACAGGAAGACAAGUCUUUGGCGUACAAAACGCGUCCAGAGUGGCUCUUGGAGUAUUUGAAAGAUUCGUUAGAAGAUGUUACUGCUAUGGGCUACCACACUUCACAAUAUGGGGCAUUUAUCUACAAAAGAAUCGGUACCAUCUCCAUGCUGGUGGAUGGAAAGCUGGAGACUACGUUUGAUCUUGCGGGUAGAUUGGCCGGGUUCCACUUUGAUAGGCCCGGUGAUACAAUGGGGCAUCUGUCAUCGGAAAUUCGGUUGGCUGAGUUUUGGAAGUGGAAGAAAGCGACACUCCUAAAGAGGGAAGCUCUUGGAUUUCCUGUUGUAUGGCCACAGAACCUAGAUAUAUAG